AUGAAAUGCAAUUGUAGAAUAAACAACUUGAAUUCAAUUACGACUCUAUGUUUAGUUGAUGUGAUGGGGGAAAUGAAAGUUGAUAGAGUUGAUUGCUUUUCAGACAUCCUUCAACAUAGUCUUUACCAUGUUACUGUCGAUGAAGAAGAAUUUUCUUUUCCUUGUCGUUGCAAUGCGGUGACAAAAAUGUGCAUCAAAACUUUCUUCAUUAUGCCUGAAGUCCCUACAGAAUCAUGGUUGCUGCAUUUAGAUAUUGUAGAUUUCGUCGUUUCCCUUGCCGUAGAUUUUUUCUUCAUCUUUCUUCUCAUUCAAUUCGACUACAAUCGUAACUACGUAGCUUCCCAGCCCAUUCAGUGCACGUUUGCUUCAUCAACAAUAUGCAGAUCUGUUCUACAUGAAACAGUUGGCGGGGAUGAUUUAAGGAUUUGGUCUCGUAACCACAGAAAUUCUUGA